GGUAGAAUCUGGCAUUCGUACCAAAUUCAUCGGAAUCAAUUGAACUCAGCUCAUUUACAGAUCUUCGAUUCGAUUUUCUUCAAUGGGGAAGGUUACUGUGGGUGUGGCGGUCGUCGGUGCCGCUGCAGUUUGCGCUGCCGCGGCUUUGAUUGCGCGCCACCGGAUGCGGAGUUCGAGUUUGUGUGUGAAAGCUGCGGAUAUUUUGAAGGAAUUGGAAGAGAAAUGUGCGACUCCGGCUGCGAAAUUGAAGCAGAUUGCGGACGCCAUGACUGUUGAGAUGCAUGCUGGACUCGCGUCGGAAGGUGGGAGCAAACUCAAAAUGCUCAUCAGCUACGUCGACAAUCUUCCCACUGGCAAAGAGGAAGGAGUGUAUUAUGCAUUGGAUCUUGGGGGAACAAAUUUUCGGGUUCUUCGGGUGCAGUUGGGAGGGAAAUCCGGUAUUGAAUUUACGGAGUUUGCAGAGGUGACAAUCCCGCCUCAAUUGAUGAUCGGAACUCCCGAAGCACUUUUUGACUACAUCGCGUCAGAACUCGCUAAAUUUGUGAGCGAUGAAAGUGAAAAGUUUUGGCUUCCUCCGGGCCGACAAAGGGAGUUAGGUUUCACCUUCUCGUUCCCGGUGAUGCAAUUGUCUAUUGAUUCGGGGACUCUUAUUCGGUGGACAAAAGGCUUCUCUAUUGACGAAAUGAUUGGUAGGGACGUGGUUGCGGAAUUGACAACCGCAAUGAAAAAACGUGGCAUUGAUAUGUCUAUUUCUGCUUUGGUAAAUGAUACGGUUGGAACAUUGGCCGGAGGUAGAUAUGAAAAUAGUGACGUUUGUAUUGCCGUGAUCUUGGGUACCGGAAGCAAUGCCGCCUAUGUGGAACGAGCUCAGGCUAUACCAAAAUGGCAUGGUCCACACCCUAAAUCCGGAGAGAUGGUGAUCAACAUGGAGUGGGGUAACUUCAGGUCAUCACAUCUUCCCUUAACGGAGUACGACAACACCUUGGAUGCUGAAAGUUUGAACCCCGGGGAACAGAUAUUUGAAAAAAUGAUUGCCGGGAUGUAUCUUGGAGAGCUUCUUCGUAAAGUUCUCCUUAGAAUGGCGGAUGAAGCUGCCCUUUUUGGUGAAACCGUUCCACCCAAACUAAAAACUCGAUUCAUAUUGAGGACGCCCGAAAUGUCCGCAAUGCAUCAUGACACGUCUGCCGAUCUCAAGGUGGUCGGGAACACAUUGAAAGACAUAUUGGGGAUAUCAGAUACGUCUCUGAGCACGAGAAAGAUUGUGGUCGAGGUUUGCAACAUCAUCGCGACACGAGGAGCACGACUAGCAGCUGCCGGGAUUUUGGGGAUUCUGAAGAAAAUGGGAAGAGACACAGUUAGAGACGGAGAGGUCCCAAAAACGGUGAUUGCGAUGGACGGAGGGUUGUAUGAACACUAUACCGGAUACCGAAACUGUCUUGAGAACACUUUGCAUGAAUUGGUGGGAGACCAACUUUCGCAACACAUUAAGCUUAUACUCUCCAAUGAUGGCUCAGGAAUAGGUGCCGCCCUUCUUGCCGCUUCUCACUCCCGCUACGUCUAGAUUCACGGUGGCAAACAUUCGGUAUUUUUUUGUUCGAGAGCUCGUGCCGAUCGCGUCUACGAGUCCGGAAUCCGAUUUAGUCUCAUAUUUCUUGAUUAGUUUAGGAAUGGAGAAAAGGGUUUAAUUUGAUCUUGGUUUCCAUCCCCAAGGGCUCAAGGUGUAUGAACUAUGUUAGCACUUGGAUCCCCUUCUUGGGCCCCUUGUUGAUUCUUUCUAUUUGGAGCUAAUUAAUGGUUAAUAAA